CUGGCUUAGCGGUUGGCCGAAUUGGCAGCUCGACGUGGACGCUCAGCGCCCAGCUCUCGAGAGUUCAAAAACGACGGUUCCCCACUGCUCCCAGGAGCGGUUACCUGGGCACUUUGUGCCCCUCAUUCCUGUCCGGGCCCAGGCCGAGGACCUGCCAGUAGGGCUCAGUUGCCUGGAGCCCGUUCAGCCCAUCCCCCAGUUCACUUUGCUUGUGGGAUCUCCCCGUUGCUCCUGCCCCUCGACUGAGUGGCAGGCCAUCCUACAAGCACCCAGACACUUGGCAUCAGUGCUGUCAAGACAACUGUAAGAAGGCUUUCCGUGAUCCUGCAAGCAGUGUGUUCCUUCCUGGUGAUCCUGACUUCAAUUUCAUGGCACAGGUACCACAGCAAGCCCGUGCCUUGUGCUCCGAGUUCCAGGGCAUCCUCCAGCUCAGCCACUGCACUGAGCACAAGGACUCUCUGUGGGGCCCAGGAGCAGGAAGUCACCCCUUUGGGGCCCACAACACCCGGCUGUCCCCACACUUGUGUCCAGGGAAGAUAGUGUUGAGGGCCCUCAAGGAGAGCGGGGCAGGGAUGCCUGAGCAGGACAAGGACCCUAGAGUCCAAGAGAGUCCUGAUUAUCAGAGAAGAGUCCCCGAGGUCACCGGGGAUGCACGGUCUGAAUUUAGGCCCCUGCGGGACAAUGGAGGCCUCUCUCCCAUUGUGCCCAGGCCUGGGCCCGUGCAGAGAGACCUCCAUGCCCAGAGGUCAGAAGUCACAUAUCACGAGAGAUCCCAGACCUCCUGGACGAGCUCGUGCACCAAACGCAAUGCCAUCUCGAGCUCCUACAGCUCCAUGGGAGGCUUCCCGUGGCUAAAGCGGAGGAGGGGGUCAGCCUCAUCCCACUGCCAGCUGACCAUCAGGUCCUCAAAGACAGCGAGUGAGGACAGGCCUCAGGCUGUCUCUUCGGGUCACACCCGGUAUGAAAAGGCAGCAGAUAUAGCACCAGGGCAGACACUCGCCAGGAAUGGCUCCCCCAGAUCCCAGGCGUCUAGGCCCCGUAGACGCAAGUUUCCCCUGCGGCCACGCAGGCGAGGGGAGCCCCUGAUGCUGCCGCCUCCCUUAGAGCUGGGGUUCCGGGUCACUGCUGAAGACCUGGACCGGGAGAAGGAGGCUGCGUUCGAGCGCAUCAACAGUGUACUGCGGGGCGAGCCCAAGGCCAUCUGGGACUGCAGACCCUCAUGGCCUGCCAACGCUUUGUCCUCACUUGCAACAGGGGCUUCUGGUCUGCCUGCUGUCUCUAAAGCACCCGGUAUGGAUGCACAGCAGGAGAGACACAAGUCCCAAGACUGCCUGGGCCCAGUGGCCCCCCUAACAUCUGCUGCAGAGGUCCCCUCCACAGCUCCUGUGUCUGGGAGGAAGCGCAGACCAUCAGGCUCCCUGUUCUCCUCCUCAGAUCCCCUUCCUGCCACCUCUUCCCACUCCCGGGACUCAGCCCAGGUCACCUCGCUGAUUCCUGUCCCCUUCCUAGCUGCAAGCAUGGAUGUGGGCAUGAGAAGCCCAAGGCCUGGCACUUCUGGAGCCAGUUCUAGCCCUCCAGCCACACCCAUGGAAAUCGACAGUACAGAGGUGGGCCCAGGUCUGCAUUCUGGAGCCAGUUCUAGCCCUCCAGCCACACCCAUGGAAAUUGACAGUACAGAGGAAACAUUUCAGUGCGUGUGUGACUUUGUCCCCGCGCUGGCUGGCCUCUCUGUACCAAGUGACCUCCAACCCGAUCCUGCUCCCUGUCUUCUGGCAGCUGCUCUGGGGAAGGGCGUUUUGGCCUCAAGGGCUUAG